AAGGGUUCUAACGCUACUGUCCUAGCCAUGGCUGUACUAGAAAUAUGUCUGGCCCUCCUGGGCAUCGGUUUUCUGAUUUACAAGUGGAGCACGGCCACCUUUAAAACCUUCGAGAAGCGGGGCCUGCCCUUUGAGAAGCCUUACCCAUUUGUGGGCAACAUGGCUGGAUCGGCCUUCCAGACGACCUCCUUCCAGAAGCAGCUGACAGAGCUCUACGAUCGCAAUCGCCACCACAAAAUUGUAGGCAUCUUCAAUAUGCGCACUCCCAUGAUCCAGCUCAACGAUCCCGAGGUGAUCAAGAAGAUCUGCGUUAAGGACUUCGACUACUUCCCUAACCACCAAAUAUUCCUAAGCCCCAACGAGCGUCUGGUCAAAGACAUGCUGAAUGUGAUGAAGGAUCAGCGCUGGAAGCACAUGAGGAAUACUCUGACCCCGGUAUUCACGGCGGCCAAGAUGCGCAACAUGUUCACCCUGAUGAACGACAGUUUCGCCGAGUGCCUCCAGCACCUGAACACCGCAUCGGGAUCAGCCUCAGGAAAAGGUUUCGAGGUGGACAUGAAGGUGUUGUGCAACAAGCUUUCAAACGAUGUCAUUGCCACCACCGCUUUUGGGCUGAAGGUGAACUCCUUCGAUAAUCCGAAGAAUGAGUUCUACAGUAUCGGCCAGAAUCUGGUAUUCUCUAGAGGGCCCCAGUUCUUCAAGUUCAUGCUGUCCAUUGCUGCUCCUAAGCUCUUCCAAUUUUUCAAAUUGACCAUCUUUGAUGCCAGCAAAGUCGAGUACUUCGUGCGCCUGGUGGUGGAUGCCAUAAAAUACCGUGAGAAGCACAACAUCCAUCGACCUGACAUGAUCCAACUGCUGAUGGAGUCCAAGAAGGAGUCCCAGGAUAACUGGUCGGACGACGAGAUCGUGGCCCAGUGCUUCAUAUUCUUCUUUGCCGCCUUCGAAAACAACUCAAACCUGGUCUGUACAACUGCCUACGAGUUGUUGCACAAUCCCGACAUCCAGGAGCGCCUCUAUGAGGAGGUGAAGGACACCAAGGAGGCUCUAAGUGGCGGAUCACUGAACUACGAUGCUGUUCAGAAGAUGCCUUACAUGGACAUGGUUAUAUCUGAGUCCCUGCGCAAGUGGACCCUGGCCGCUGCCACCGACCGGCACUGCUCCAAGGACUACACCCUUACCGAUGAGGACGGCAAAAAGCUCUUCGACUUCAAGGUGGGCGACCGCAUCAAUAUUCCAAUCACUGGUCUCCAUAUGGAUGAGCGGUACUUCCCCGAACCCAAGAAGUUCGAUCCGGAGCGCUUCAGCGAGGAGCGGAAGGGUGACCUGGUUCCCUACACAUAUCUGCCCUUCGGAGUGGGUCCUCGCAACUGCAUAGGAAAUCGCUAUGCCUUGAUGCAGGUCAAGGGUAUGUUGUACAACCUUUUGCUGAAUUACAAAAUCGAAGCUUCACCGAGAACUGAAAAAGAUUUGUGGGGUUCGGCACGCGGCUUUAACUUUACCCCCAGGUCCGGAUUCUGGAUGCAGUUGGUUCCCAGGAAAUAAAUUUAUGAUGAUAUUAAAGCCAUUUAAAAAAUAAUAAAUAUUUGU